UUAAUUUCCUUUUUAAUCAGAUAUUUUUAGAGGACGGAAAAGAUGCUUCUGUUGUAAUAACCAAAUAAUUUACAUUCACAUUAAUGAUAAAUCGAAUAAGCUGAAAUGCAGUAAAAAUGUCCUGAUUCAGAUACCACCAGUGCGAUUGAUAGAAGGCACUGAGCGACGGAUGGCUGAGGCGGAAGUGAAUCUGAAAGCAACAUACGCUAAAGUUGAAGUGAGAGACAAAGGAACUGGCCUCUACACUGUAGAUGGUUAUGGCCUUGAAUAUUUUCGAUCAUUACAAGCAAGGGAAAUUUUUAUGACACCAUUGAUCGUAACGGAUCUGCUGGGAGAAGUGGAUAUAAUUGGUAACAUCACAGAUGGCCCAGGCGGUGCCUCGGUUAUACCUCGAAUUAUCCGUCAAGGCGCAUCUCUGUGUAUUGCCGCACUGUUUCCUGAGCAUUUCGACAAACUACGACUAGCUGGUUUGCUAACUCAUGAUCCGAGAACACGUGAACGGUGCAAGAUCAACCAAAAAGGUGCACGCGCCAAGUGGAUAUGUUCCUAAAG